AUGGAUACCAAAGGCUGUACAACAACUAUUUCUUCUUCAACGCCACACCAAAGAUGCUCUAGGAUUACAAAUUUUAGGACCAUCUUUCCCAACACCAGCUGCCAAUAUGGUGGUCUCGAAGCCAACAGCUGCCACCCUACUCCUUGCUUUUAUCUCACACCCAUCUAUUUGAUUAACAACUUCGGUGCCUGUCCCCCUCUGGAUGACUGCGACUGGUGUGGUGAAGGUAUCAACAGUAAAGAGAAAGAGACCAUGCAAAUUUUGAACGAGCGCCUUGCUAACUACCUGGAGAAGGUGCGGAUCUUGGAACAAGAGAACACUGAACUGGAGUGCAAAAUCCAGGAGGAGUGUAGCAAAGAGCUUUGUGUCAUAUGUCCUGACUACAGGUCCUACUACACUACCAUCGAGGAGCUCCAGCAGAAGAUCUUGUGUACCAAGGCUGAGAAUUCCAGACUGGUCUCACAAAUUGACAACACCAAACUGGCUGCUGAUGACUUGAGAGCCAAGUACGAAGCUGAGGUGUCCCUACGCCAGGGAGUGGAGGCAGAUGCCAACGGCCUACAGCGGAUCCUGAAUGCCCUGAGCCUCGCCAAGGCUGACCUGGAGGCACGAGUCCAGUCCCUGAAGGAAGAACUCCUCAGCCUCAAAAACAACCAUGAAGAGGAAAUCAAUUCCUUACAGAGCCAGGUUGGGGACAGACUCAACAUUGAAGUGACCGCUGCCCCUUCUGUCGAUCUAAACCGGGUUCUACAAGAAAUGAGAUGUCAGUAUGAGUCCAUCAUGGAGACAAACCGCAGAGAACUGGAACAGUGGUUCAACACACAGAUGGAGGGGCUGAACCAGCAGGUGGUGACCAGCUCUCAACAGCAGCAGUUCUGCCUGAAGGACAUCACUGAGCUGAGACGCACCAUGAAUGCUCUGGAGAUUGAACUGCAGGCCCAGCACCGAAUGAGAGAUUCCCAGGAAUGCAUCCUGGCGGAGACAGAGGCCCGCUACACGGCCUUACUGGCCCAGAUCCAGUGUCUGAUUGAUAAUGUGGAGGCUCAGCUGGCAGAGAUCAGGUGUGCCCUAGAAAGACAGAACCAAGAAUAUGAGAUUCUGCUGGAUGUCAAGUCCCAGCUGGAGUGUGAGAUUGCCACAUACCGCAGCCUUCUGGAGAGUUCGGAUGUCGAGCUUCCCUGUAACCCGUGUGUCACCACAUGUGAGCCUUCCAGUAAGGCCAGCACCAUGGAAUGCACAGCCCCGGCUUACAAUACAUCAUCCUCAGCCUCCCGCGGAUCACGUGAGCUCUGCUGUACCUGCAGAGUACUGCCCCAAAUACUGGUUAAAAUCUUCACCAUCACGCAGGAGAUCAGGGAUGGCAAAGUCAUUUCUUCUCACGAGCACGUGCAGCCUUGCUUCAUCCCCAGAAUUGCCAAAGCCUAACAACCCAAGGGAAUGGGAGUUGGUUCCGACUGUGUAACAAGGGACAGGGAGCUGGAACUCUCACAUCAUAACCCUGCUCUUGCCUCUCCCUGUGACUGGUGCUCAUGAAAAAAUAGCUUAGAUUCCUCCUGCAAUCCAUCCAUCAAAGAGAAG